AUGAAGUAUUUCAGUUUGAGUUUUCCAAAGGAGACGGUUAAAGAAUGGAUUCAAAAUCUUGGCCUAGGGGAUACUGCCGCAGUUGUGCAAGAUGACGAUGAAGUUGAGGAUGACGCAGUUCAUUUACAACAGGAGGAAAAUAUUUCGGCGAAAAAUAGAAAUGUACCCUCUAGGGCUGCUUUGCCAAUUAUUCGACCAGCACUUGGAAGACAGCAGUCUAUUUCUGACAGGGCCAAGGUAGCCAUGCAAGGCUAUUUGAAUCACUUUCUUGGAAACUUGGACAUCGUAAACUCACCAGAGGUUUGCAAGUUUUUAGAGGUAUCCAGGUUAUCUUUUUUGCCAGAGUAUGGACCUAAACUAAAAGAGGACUAUGUUUCAGUCAAACAUUUGCCAAAGAUUCCAAAAUCUGGGGAUGAUAGCAGGUGUUGUGCAUGCAAAUGGUUUAGUUGUUGCAAUGGCAACUGGCAAAAGGUCUGGGUUGUUCUUAAACCAGGAUUCUUGGCCUUUCUAGGAGAUCCAUUUGAUACAAAACCUUUAGACAUAAUUGUCUUUGAUGUAUUACCUCCUUCAGAUGGAAAUGAGGAGGGUCGAGUUCUUCUAGCUAAAGAGACUAAAGAACCAAAUCCCUUGCGGUUUGGGUUUACAGUAUCUAGUGGAAGCCGAACAAUUAAUUUGAGGGUAAAAAGUAGUGUCAAAGUCAAAGAUUGGGUUGCUGCAAUAAACGAUGCUGGUCUGAGGCCUCCUGAGGGGUGGUGUUAUCCUCACCGUUUUGGUUCGUUUUCCCCACCACGGGGCUUGAUUGAAGAUGGUAGUCAGGUACAGUGGUUUGUUGAUGGCCAGGCUGCAUUUGAUGCUAUUGCAUCUUCCAUUGAAGAAGCAAAAUCAGAGAUAUUUAUUGCUGGUUGGUGGUUGUGUCCAGAGCUUUAUCUUCGACGUCCUUUUCACACGCAUGCAUCUUCACGACUUGAUAUAUUGCUGGAAGCGAGGGCUAAGCAAGGUGUUCAGAUUUACAUCCUUCUGUACAAAGAAGUUGCCCUUGCUUUGAAAAUUAACAGUGUAUACAGCAAGCGGAGACUCUUAAACAUUCAUGAAAAUGUGAAAGUUCUACGUUAUCCAGAUCAUUUCUCAACCGGCGUUUAUUUGUGGUCCCAUCAUGAGAAAAUCUUAAUAGUUGAUAAUCGGAUUUGUUAUUUGGGUGGACUUGAUUUGUGUUUUGGUCGCUUUGACAACCACAAUCACCAAAUUGGUGACCAUCCUCCUUUGAUUUGGCCGGGAAAGGAUUACUAUAAUCCAAGGGAGUCUGAGCCAAACUCGUGGGAAGAUACAAUGAAAGACGAGGUGGACCGUAGUAAGUAUCCCCGUAUGCCAUGGCAUGAUGUUCAGUGUGCUCUUUGGGGACCCCCAUGCAAGGAUGUUGCCAGACACUUUGUUCAGCGCUGGAACUAUGCAAAGAGAAACAAAGCUCUGCAUGAGGAGACGAUUCCUUUGUUAAUGCCUCAUCAUCAUAUGGUUAUUCCUCAUUAUAUGGGACACAGCAGAGAAGUUAAUGAUGAUAGUAAGCAACAAGAAAACAAUCUUAGAGGACUUAAAAGGCAGGAAUCACUUUCCUCUCGCUCUUCUUAUCAAGACAUACCAUUACUUUUGCCCCAGCAGCCUGAUGGGCUAGACAACUUUAGCAGAAAUCCGAAGAUGGAAAUAAAUCAAAAUCUUGCAGAACAACGAAGUAAGGCAAAUCAUGGUCCUGCCUUCUCAUUUCGGAAGACCAAAGUUGAGCAUCCAAUUCCAGAUAUGCAAAUGAAGGCUUUUGUUGAUGAUAUUGAUUCUUGUCAAACCCGGGGAGAUGGGAAUUAUAAUGGGAUUGCACAACCGGCUUUUCUUAAUAUUGAUAAUGAGUGGUGGGAAGCACAAGAGCGUGGUGAUCAGAUUGUCUCUACAGAGGAAGUUGGACAAGUUGGUCCUCGUACACCUUGUCGUUGUCAGGUCAUUAGAAGUGUUGGCCAAUGGUCUGCUGGAACAAGCCAAACAGAAGAGAGCAUCCACAAUGCAUACUUUUCUCUAAUUGAGAAGGCAGAACAUUUCAUUUAUAUUGAGAAUCAGUUUUUUAUUUCAGGGCUUUCGGGAGACGAUAUAAUACGCAAUCGGAUUUUGGAUGCAUUGUAUAGGCGUAUCAUGCGAGCACACAAGGAAAACAAAUGUUUUAGGGUUAUUAUUAUCAUACCCCUUUUACCAGGUUUCCAGGGCGGCAUUGAUGACAGUGGCGCUGCAUCAGUAAGGGCUUUAAUGCAUUGGCAAUAUCGAACAAUUUGUAGAGGACCAAGUUCUAUAUUACAGAAUCUUUAUGACAUAAUGGGGCCUAAAGCCCAGGAUUACAUAUCCUUUUAUGGUCUAAGAUCAUAUGGCAGACUUCAUGAGAGUGGUAGCUUAGCCACCAAUCAAGUAAGACUUUGUUUUUGUGAAUAG